CCGAGUGACUUGACGCGAACUUGGACAGGAUGCCACUCGCAGGGGUGGAGGAAGACGGAGAAACCCCGGGUGGAAGAGACGGGAGAAGAUGGAAAACAAAAAGCGCCACGUGAGCGAGCGAGCGACACAGAGAAGGAAAGAGAGCCUACAGAGAGAGCGCGAGAGAGAACGGGAGCGAGGGACAGCGACACAGAGAGUUGCCGCUGAAGAUUUAGUGUGAGAAGUGACGAAUUAGAUAUACUCGAUACAGACCCACGUGUACGCAAACGGACCCGGCACCGAUCAUGAAGCUCGGGACGCUCCUCCUCUUCGCCGUGGCGGUGAUGCUCCCUCCUCGCUCGGCCAUCUCCGUCGCUCAGCCUCGCUCCCUCCGAACACUCAUCAAGCAGCAGCAGGACCAGCAGCAGCAGCAGCGAGAGCAUCGUCAGCAAGAGCAGCAGCAGGGUCUGACCUCUCCGUGGCCCCGAGUAUCGCUGCUCCAACGUGCGGUGCAGCGACCUCCUCCUCUGUUAGAAGCGCACGGAAGUGCCGUGCCCUGGGACCGCUUCUCGGCAUCCGCGCGCCUCCUCCCCUCUCUCUGGCGAGUCGGCGACGCGGGCGGCGGCUACGCCGAGGACGGUGGCGAUUACGGAGGGCAGGGGAAGGAGACGGAGGAUGGGGGUGGCGAAGAGGUGGGGGAAGCGGAGGAGGAGGAGGAGCGGCGGCUUCUGCUGGAGAAACGCGGGGAGGUGCCCACGUCGCUGGACCUCACCUUCCACCUGAUGCGGGAACUGCUGGACGCGGCGCGCGCCGAGAAGAUGGUGAUCCAGGCGCACAGCAACAGGAAGAUCAUGGACUCUGCGGGGAAGUGAAUGAUGAUGAUGAUGGCGGCGGUGGUGACACGUUGGGUGUGUAGGUGCGUGGGUGGGUGUCUAGACGUGAGUGUCUUUGUGCAAGGGAUACUUUUUUGGCAGACUAAUGCCCUAUUGUAGGCUUGUGCCGCGUACAACAUAAUAUUAUCAAUAGCACAGGGGACAGCUGCCACUAGGGGUCCCCUUGGCUUGGCUGCAGUCGAGAAUUUGAAUGCUUGAUAUGGGACAGGCGCGUUGUGGUGUGUUUGCGUGGGAGAGUGCGGUGGGUGCGUGUCGGUGUGUCUGUAGGAGUGUGUCUGUAGGAGUGUGUCUGUAGGAGUGUGUCUGUAGGAGUGUGUCUGCGUGUGCGUAUGUGCGCUGCGGUGGCGCAGUGGUCCGUACACUGCGCCACAAACCCAUCCGAGUUCGACUCCUGCUUGGGGCCAACAUCAGGAGGGAAUAGCUGGGCCUCCAAUGAAGAUAAUAUUGAGUCGACGCCUAGGUCGACUCAGCCUUCAAUGAGUUCCCGAGAUUGUGUGUAAACAUCACAACUGCUGGGACAAAGGCGGUCGGGCGUGGUUCUCGCCACGCCAACCGCCUUGUGUGCCGUCUUGGUUUUUGCACUGAUGGCAGUUGCCCUCCCAGAGGGGACUAAUUUGAGGCUGUAGUCGACCUAGGGGAGGCCCAGGACCGGUUCAGAUAAUCGUUGCUGGUGUUGGCCGUGAGCGGAAAUCGAACUCGGGUCGCCGGGUUCGUAGCGCAGCGCGCUGGACGCUACACCGCAGCUCCCCGAACAAACACACACACACACACAGACACUGACACACCCAUACACACCUACAUACACACAAUCGCACACAUAUACAUACACACUGACACACACACACGCACAACCACACGGACGCACACACACGCGCACUAAUGAGUGCACACGAAUUUGAAAUUCGGCCGAGCGAUUGACGGGCAAAUGUUCUACGAAUGCAUUUAAACAUUUAAACAUAAACCCACGAACGCGCAGAUCUGUGAUCAUCCAGCUGGUUACAGCAUUCACGUAAUAUUAUCUACAGGGGAGAUUGAUUCAUUUAACGGCAUUGUCUCCCUUUCGGAUUACGGUAAUCCGACAGAUUAAAAACGACGUCUCAUCAGUGUGAGUUUGUUGAAUAAUAUAACAAUGUUCCUGGUUUCGACUGUGCUCAGACUCAUCAGCAAUGGUUGGAAUCUCAGACAGCCACGCGGCCGGGUCCCCUGAUGUUAUCAGCAGGAUCCUUCAAACGGCUCCAUCUUCAUUGGGUAUCAGCAGCAAAAGUGUAGCCUUUUAAACCAAUGCCCAUCGGGUGGCACUGAUGUUAUGGACAGGAUUCCUGAACCGGGUUCAUCUUCACUGGGUAUCAUCGGUAAAGGUGUAGCCUGUUAAACCAAUGCCUACCGACCAGACCAGUCGUUUUUAACAUGCGGUAGCAAUACCGCCUUCCGGUUCCUUCCGGUCGGCACGAGCCUCAGCUCAAGGGAAGCGCUGCGACGAACGACCGACCGACGGACGGACGCACAAAGUUAUUUCUAAUAUACGAGGAGUUGCAUUUAUUUAUUUAUGUAUUUAUUUAUUUAUUGAAUCUGUUACACGCGAGCGGGUGGGUGGCCAGCACCACGCUCGGUCGUCUUUGUCUCCUCCCUCGUGGCGGUUACAGCGCUCGACUCACAGAUCCGUAAGGUCGCGAGAGUUCAAACUUCUGGUCAGUCGCCAGGUCACGCGACUCCGCCUGGCGUCGAUGAAACACGUGUACCACUUUGCGCAAAGGUCGGCACGCUACAGCAGUUUUCCCCUUUAACAUUGCGUCGCUCUCCAGUCCCCCACACCCCACCCCCUCCCUCCCCCCCGCAAUGGAAACGUGGAAUUUCCACCACCUUUGUUUCGCGUGAGCUGAAGAAGGCGGGAGGUGUCUUGGUGGCUGAAGCCAUUGAUUGCCGCAAUGUUGAUUUAUUAUAAGCAAAUACAUCAACAUCGCUAACACCACGCGACUUUUUGACCAGUUCCACAAACAAAAAAACCCUUAGAUUUAACACGUACAGUAAUAGUAGUAGGCUUUCGCGACCAAUAUAAUCCAUUAGAGGUGUUUUUGGAUUAGAUCACGUAAAUAUAAAUGCGUCGUUAAACCCGCCUGGAUAUCUGUUGAUUGUUAUUUUUAUGACGACAUUAAUGCCCCUCCCUCUGGCCUCGGCACCCGAUUGGCUCACAAGUGACGACAUCACAUUUAUAUUUAUCCCUCGAUUUAAGACCGAAGCAGGGGGAGGACUUCUCCACAACUCUGGCUGUCGCCUGAUGAUGCUAGUUGUAAUUACCGGCGAAACGUUGUACUCGGAUUGUAAACGCUGUGUGUUGUACGAGUAAAGAAUUGGCAUGUUUUGUUUACGUGACAAACCUUACUAAUGUUGGGUGGUGGCGGGUUUAACAACACAUUCAUGUUUAUGCGAUCUAACCCAAAAAUCUGUAUUAUCUCCCUUUUUUCUGGGUUCAUAGUGCAUUGUGCUAACCAUUGUACCACCGCUCUAACCGCCAUGGAAAAGGUAACGACAUCUAAUUAACUGGGACAUACACAGAAAACAAGCUACCGCUUUGAAACGAAUACUGUAUUAUUAUCGCGCUGGUAAACGGACCUUCAACAAUUGUACGUAAAAAAAAUCCCCAGUUUACUAUUAAUGCAGUACAAACAAAAACGGGAUGGCCACGAUCAUGCAAGCCUUCAUCCAGCAGUGGCUAGAGCUUGCCUGCUGAUAACGAUUGCAUUAAAUUAUCAAUGUGUCAACUGUUUGGCUCUUAUAGUAGUAGGUUUUUACCCUUUAAACUGGUACAAAAACUGACACCUUUA